AAUUAUAAUGUAUGGGUAUUGGCCGUGCGACACCAGACAGGCUCCAUUCCCCCUUCGUUUUGGAAUUUUAUUAACGAUACCAGACAUUCAACUUAUAGCCAAGAGAUUUCUAAAUUUUGUAUUGCACUUUUAGAUUUGACAAUAACAGCAAAUGAAUGUGUGAUUAUAUUACGGAACACGCUUACAUGUUGGUAAAAUGCAAUGACACCCCACACCACUAGACUUCAACGUAACAAAAACCUCAGGUAACACUACUUACAUCUCAGCUUGAGAAUAUUGUUAGUUCUGUGUGAUGUAGUGAAGUUGACGAGGAAUAAAGAUGGCGGAGAGCAGCGGCACAGAUCCCACAGUGGAUUCCAACGUUGUUGAAAAUGCUGCAAAAGACAGGACCAUGAUUGUGGUCACGGUAAAAACCCCGAAAGAUAAAGAGGAGAUCGCAAUCUUAGAGGAUUCUUCUGUCGCACAGUUUAAAGAGGAGAUAUCGAAGAGGUUUAAUGCCAAGCUGGACCAGCUGGUGUUGAUUUUUGCUGGCAAAAUCUUGAAGGAUGGGGACACACUGAACCAACAUGGCAUUAAGGAUGGACUCACUGUUCAUCUUGUCAUCAAGACCGCUCCAAAGGCCACAAGUGGUAGCACAUCACAGAACUCAGCAUCCAGCUCUGGGACUCCACAAGCCAACAGCAGCAGUUCCGCCUCCAGUCCGGUGCCCAAUGCCAGCACACCACCAGGCACUGGGCCAGCCAUACAGCCGCCUAACUUACUGAGUGGUUUUGGAGACCUGUCUAGCCUAUCAGGCAUGGGCAUGGGCUCUGCCAAUUUCAUGGAGCUCCAGCAGCAGAUGCAGAGACAGCUCAUGUCCAACCCAGAAAUGCUGUCUCAGAUUAUGGACAAUCCGCUGGUCCAGAACAUGAUGUCCAAUCCUGACCUGAUGAGACAGAUGAUCGUGACCAACCCUCAGAUGCAGCAGCUGAUGGAGCGCAACCCCGAGAUAUCCCAUAUGCUCAACAACCCUGAGCUCAUGAGACAGACUAUGGAGUUGGCAAGGAACCCAGCCAUGAUGCAAGAGAUGAUGCGUAACCAGGACCGGGCGCUUAGCAACCUAGAGAGCAUCCCUGGGGGCUACAACGCUCUCCGGAGAAUGUACACAGAUAUCCAGGAGCCUAUGUUUAGUGCCGCUAGAGAGCAGCCCUCCAGAACAGAGAACCGGGAGCCCUUACCAAACCCCUGGGGACCACCUGGAACAGCCCCUUCAGAGAGCAGGGGGACUGGCUCCUCCACGACAACGUCAUCCAAUGGAGGGACUGCCCCGAGUGUCUCCAGCCUCCCCAACCCCCUGGGCAUCAACGCCUCUGGUCUUGGCAACGGUGUGUUCAGCAGCCCGGGCAUGCAGAGUCUGAUGCAGCAGAUAUCGGAGAACCCCCAGCUGAUGCAGAACAUGCUCUCUGCUCCCUACAUGCGCAGCAUGAUGCAGUCGCUGGCCCAGAACCCAGACCUUGCCUCACAGGCAAUGUUGAACAACCCCCUGUUUGCCGGAAACCCCCAGUUACAGGAGCAGUUGAGACAUCAAAUGCCGGUUUUUCUCCAACAGAUGCAGAAUCCUGAGGCUCUCUCUGUGAUGACUAACCCUCGGGCCAUGCAGGCUCUCAUGCAAAUCCAGCAGGGCCUGCAGACCUUACAGACCGAAGCUCCCGGACUCAUGCCCAGUUUGGCUCCGGGUGGGAUCCCAGGGAUCCCUUCAACCACCGGAGGCAGUGUGGCCCCGGAGGGCCCUCCUCCCCCAACACAGGGAUCGAAUCCCAGCGCAGACGUCAGCCCGUCCCAACAGCAGCAGCAGCUCAUGCAGCAGAUGUUACAGAUGUUUGCUGGAGGAGUCACUACGACACAGGCGGUGACCCCGGAGGUGCGCUUCCAGCAGCAGCUGGAUCAGCUGAGCGCCAUGGGCUUCCUGAACCGCGAGGCCAACCUGCAGGCCCUCAUCGCCACCGGCGGGGACAUCAACGCUGCCAUCGAGAGACUGCUGGGCUCCCAGCCCUCCUAACUUCCUAAGACCCCUGCGAUUUACCGGGGGGGGGGGGGGGAGAGGGGUUAGAUUGGGUGGCAAAUGCAGUUAUGGGCUAGUGUGGGUGAUUACAGAUGAGCACAGUCCGUCUUCUCACAAUCUGACAAGCCCCUCAGACUCAAUUGAAUUCCAAUUACUGUUCAUCUCUUUGGCUGAUCUGUGAAUGAAAGAAAGAUGAGGGUUGGGUGGGGGUGUGCAGAUUCCAGUGUCUCUUGGAGGUCUCUCAUAUCAGUCCUGUGCAAUGAUGACAUUGCUACGAAGUGAAGCCGACACCAUCACAGCCACUUCCCCUGUUGACUAUGGGAGGUAUUUCCUGAAAUGACAUUGGUCUUAAUGGAUUUUAUUUAACCGGUAACAGGAGUGUACUUUUGGAGGAAAGGGGGUGUUCUUUUCAUAGGUCAAAGGAAUCCCUCACUUUUGUGACAACAACCUGCUUGUUUUUACUUAAUUUCACACUAUACUUAAUCAUGCCUUGUUUGACUCAUAUUUAUUGCAAGAGCUGUUGAAGUUCCGUUCUGUUUUCUUUACCACUCUUCUUCAAUUGACCCUCUGCUUUAAUACUGUGUUGUUCUUUAAACCUAACACACAGGGCUGUUGGAUUCUCCUAUAGUGUACCUGUGACUCAGAUUUUGCUUUAACUUUUCAGCUGUUAGGGAAAGGAUGGUUUUCAGAUUGCCUGGUAUUUUCAGGCAUGGUAUACUUUGCUCUUCAAUCAAUGCUACAUGGAAAUUUAAAUGAUUAUGCGGUUGAGGGUUUGGUUAUGGGUUGGUGAGAAGACAUUAUUUAAUUGUUUUUAAUCUCAGCCAUUUUACAUUAACCAUUCACCUUUUACAUUAACCAUUUUGUGUGUUUUCAUAGAUGCAAUGGGAUAGUGCCUGAUAUGUUCAACAAUGUAAUCAAAAUACUUUGUGAAAUCAAUAGCUUCAGAAAGUGUACUGAUUGAAAAGUUUGUUAAAGCCAUAGUUUAGUUGCAGAGAGUACCAAAUCUGUUCAGCUCUGCCUUUCUUGAAGACCCUUCAAUCUGUUAUCUCUUCUAAUAAUACCUUUAAGAAGUGUGCGUGUGUGCGUGUGUGCGUGUGCGCGCGUGUCAGUUCGUUCAUUCAUUCAUUUAGUGCAGAUGGUCUACACUAGUAGUCUAAUCUGAUUCUGGUGGGAUGCUCUGUAUGUCCUGUGCUGAAUCCCCAUUCUCUGUUCUUCUCCAAAUGCACCCUUGUAUGCUACACCUCAGAUGUAAAAAGAACUGGACUGGAUUGGUGUGAGAAGUGUGGUGGCACAUGCUUACACCAAUCUGCACCUGUUUGGCAAACGAAUAAUGAGAAAUUCUGUGCAAGCCCAGCACAAACACAUGAUUCAGGUAACAAACCUGAUGAGUAGUUGGUGUUAUAGGGUAGCCGGUACACACUGACUGACACCAUCCACAAACAGGUGUGAUCAACACUAGUCUACAUUCUGUAUGUUAUAAAAUGAUAUGAACUUGAUAUGGAGGAUUUGGGCACCUUGUAUGAGAAUAGUUGUGUGAGAAGGGAAAGUUACAGUGGUUACCAUACUUAGAAAUCAUUAAAAGGACCAAGCUUGAAAAUAUCAAGAGAAUUGUGGACUCAAAAUGUAAUAAAUAUUGACCUCUAUUAAUGGCAAUUAAGGAUUAUGUUGUUUUGCCGUUCACCAUAGUGAGGCUUGGAUUUAUAUAUUCCAUGGUGACAAAAAGUUAAGUAUGAAUGUCUUAAUAUAUACAUUUCAUUAUAUAUAUUACAAGACCUUCAAAGUGCAAUACAUUUCAUUGCACUUUGAAGGUCUUGGGGUCCCAUACUGAAUGUGUAAUGAAGUGGGAAUUUUUCAACUCGUGAGCUCUGACAUCCUCAACACAGUGACUUCUAAUGUUACCCACUUCCUUGAAUGACAGCGUAGUUGACAGUUCAGUAAAACUAUGAAACAUAAAGUAUAUUAA